AUGGGGGGUGGGGGGGACCCAGAGAGGAGGCCGCAGAAGCCCAAGCCCAGCCUGACGGGCCGGAGGGGGCUGCGGCGGCGCCGACCCUCCCCCGAUUGCUGUAACUCCUGGGAGCUGCACUUUGGGGAAGCCCACGAGAGCGCAACGCCAGCGCCCCCCAUGCGCCUAGCAGCCGGACUGCGGCGGCGGGGGGCGCCAUGGCCUCGGCGGCGGCGGCGGGCGAAGCGGAGGAGACCACCCGCCCGGCUGCGCAAGCCGCGCUUCUCGUUCGAGGAGAACCAGAUCCUGAUCCGCGAGCGUCGCCAAUGGUGCUACCUGUGCGACCUGCCCAAGAUGCCUUGGGCCAUGGUGUGGGACUUCAGCGAGGCCGUGUGUCGCGGGUGCGUGAACUUCGAGGGCGCGGACCGCAUCGAGCUGCUCAUCGACGCUGCCCGCCAGCUCAAGCGCAGCCACGUGCUCCCCGAGGGCCGCUCGCCCGGGCCCCCGGCCCCCAAGCACCCGUCCACCAAGGACCUGGCUGCAGCCGCCGCGCAGGGGCCCCAGCUCCCGCCUCCGCAGGCCCAGCCCCAGCCGUCGGGCACGGGAGGCAGCGUCUCGGGCCAGGACCGCUAUGACCGAGCCACCUCGUCUGGCCGCCUCCCACUGCCCUCGCCCGCCCUGGAGUACACUCUGGGGUCCCGCCUGGCCAACGGCUUGGGCCGAGAGGAGGCUGUGGCCGAGGGGGCGCGAAGGGCUCUGCUUGGCACCAUGCCCGGUUUGGUGCCUCCCGGGCUACUGGCAGCAGCGGUGUCCGGCCUGGGAAGCCGAGGUCUGACGCUGGCCCCCGGCUUGAGUCCCGCCCGCCCAACCUUUGGCUCCGAGUUUGAGAAGGAGAAGCAGCAAAGGAAUGCGGACUGUCUGGCCGAACUGAACGAGGCCAUGCGGGGCCGAGCAGAGGAAUGGCACGGACGCCCCAAAGCCGUGCGUGAACAGCUGCUGGCGCUGUCCGCCUGCGCCCCCUUCAACGUCCGCUUCAAAAAGGAUCACGGGCUGGUCGGGCGCGUGUUCGCCUUCGAUGCUGCUGCCCGCCCUCCGGGCUAUGAGUUUGAGCUGAAGCUCUUCACUGAGUAUCCGUGUGGAUCGGGCAACGUCUACGCGGGAGUCCUCGCCGUGGCGCGACAGAUGUUCCAUGAUGCGCUGCGCGAGCCAGGCAAAGCCCUGGCCUCCUCCGGCUUCAAGUACCUGGAAUAUGAGCGCCGGCACGGCUCUGGGGAAUGGCGCCAGCUAGGCGAGCUACUCACCGACGGGGUCCGCAGCUUCCGGGAACCGGCACCAGCCGAGGCCCUGCCGCAGCAGUACCCAGAGCCGGCCCCUGCAGCCCUGUGUGGGCCACCCCCUCGUGCCCCAUCCAGGAACCUGGCGCCCACACCCCGGCGCCGGAAGGCAUCCCCGGAGCCCGAGGGCGAGGCAGCUGGGAAGCUGACCACUGAGGAACAGCAGCAGCGGCACUGGGUGGCGCCCGGUGGUCCAUACUCCGCCGACACCCCAGGUGUACCCUCACCCAUCGCUGCCCUGAAGAAUGUGGCCGAGGCCCUGGGCCACUCACCCAAGGACCCUGGUGGAGGUGGGGGACCUGGGCGGGCCGGCGGUGCCAGCCCUGCCGCCUCCUCCACGGCCCAGCCGCCGGCCCAACACCGGCUGGUGUCACGCAAUGGUGAGGCCGAAGUCAGCCCCACGGCAGGGGCUGAAGCUGUGAGUGGGGGUGGGAGCAGCAGCAGCGGGGCCACCCCUGGAGCCCCCCUGUGCUGCACCCUGUGCCGGGAGCGGCUAGAAGACACCCACUUCGUCCAGUGCCCCUCGGUGCCCGGACACAAGUUCUGCUUCCCCUGCUCGCGGGAGUUCAUCAAAGCGCAGGGCCCAGCGGGUGAGGUGUACUGCCCAAGUGGCGACAAGUGCCCACUCGUGGGCUCCUCCGUCCCCUGGGCCUUCAUGCAGGGCGAGAUUGCCACCAUCCUCGCAGGAGACAUCAAGGCAAAGACACAUACAGAGGAAGCCGUGAAGGAACCGGGAGGAAGUCCCCGGCCUGCCCAGCACAGCCAGCAGGCCGGCGGGGCCAGCGCGGCAGGGGCGGGGUGA